CGGACUAGUCCACUCGUAUCGAUGUAACCAUAUGCAGGCAGUCUUACAUAUUGAAUUAUACAAUACCUAUCUACGUACGAGGCACCUAUUGGCAUUGGACCUAGUGCCUAGGUAGGUUAUACAGGCCACCUCAGGUACUUUGCAAGCCAACAAUUCGCCACCAAGCUAGCCUACCCCACACAAUGGCGCCUAUCCGCCCCAUCGCCGCUUUCACGAUGCUGGUUUUACCUAUGCUCAUGACAACCACCACCGCGGCCCACAUCGAGCGCUAUGGCGAACUACCAGACGUGCGCUUAUUCGCCGACCCCCCCGGCCUCGGCCCGCGGUACUUCCUAGACGGGAUGCCGCCGGUCCCCGCGCUGCCGGCGCCCCUCGACGGCAAGCGACAAGACCAGACGCCGGGGCAGUGCGGGAACGGGAACCACAGCUGCCUGGACCUGGGGCCGGCGGGGGCGGCGCUGUGCUGCCGCAACGACCAGUACUGCUUCCUGGACGCGCAGUGGGCGCCCAAGUGCUGCGGGCUCGGGACGACGUGCGGGUCGCCGUGCCCGGAGAACCUGAUCUUCUGCAACGACACCGUGACCAGCACCCUCGCCUCUUCCCCGCCCGCCUCCACCUCCACCGACGCAACGCCGACCGCCAACGUGGUCACGAGCCAGGUGCCCGCGUGCUGCGGGCGCGCGUGCCCCUCGACCUCGCAGUUCCUGUGCCAGGCGGCCUUCGGCGGGCAGUGCUGCGCGUACGGCGCGCAGUGCAUAUCCGGCGGCUCGUGCUUCUUCCCCUCGACGACGCCGACGUCGGGGAUGACGACGCUGGUCACGCCCGUGCCGCCGGGGUGCACGACGUCGCAGAUCGCGUGCGACGGCGGCGGGUGCUGCAACCUCGGGCGCGUGUGCACGUCUGUCGCCGGCGCCCCCACCCCGCUGCAGUGCGCGCCGAACCUGACCGUCGUCGACAGCGGCGCGCUGUCCGAGGGCGCGCGCGCGGGCAUCGGCGUCGGCGUCUCGCUUGGCGCGGCGCUCGUCAUAGGUGGGCUGACGUGGUUCUGGAUGCGGCGGCGGCGGGAGGCGCGGUCGCGGCGCGGCGGGGGAGAGGGGGAGAGCACGCUGGCGAGGUCGGGGGCUGAUGCGCUGACGGAGCCCUAUAUGCCGCAUACGGGCGCGAUGUCGGACCUGACGAGCCCGUCGAGCGGGACGGGCCCGCGCCCACGGCUGCACCAGAAUGGGCUUGGGUAUGAGUAUGUUGGGCCCGUUGCCAUCGAUGGCCCGUACACGGACCGCGACAGCACGCCGGGUCUAAGCCAGGGCACCGAUCCCAGAACGAGUCCCGAGUAUCUCGACCGAACCGCCAUGGGCGUGCACCGUUACCCGGAGGACCCGAGCGAUAUCCGGCCGCCCGUGGAGCUCGAUACGCGAGGCGAAGGACGCGCGGAGCUGGGAAUGGGAGAGAAGGAUAUGAGUACUAGCGAGACAACGCCGCCGGCAAGUGUCAACGACGAGGAGGAGCGGCAUCAGCAGCGGCAGCGGGAGGGGCCGUACGAGCUCUACUCGCCUCCGCCCAUGACGGCCGAGGAGGCGGAACAUUUCCGGACUCGAGGGAUUGCGGUUUCGCCUUCGCCUCCUCCUAUACAGCAGGGUUCGAACCCGCGUGAUGACCAUGAUGGGCAUAAAUGAAUUAGCAAGCAAGCAG